AUGACGAAGGGCAAGGCCAAGGACGAGGCCGCGAUGAAGGACCUCCUCGCGAGCAAAAUCGCGCGGCUCCAGGUCGGCGACGACGGCCUCGACGUCGACAUGAGUGGCAUCUUCUCCGACAGCACGCUCGUCGAGAGGAGCGUGCAAGCGUGGCAAGACAGCUUGGAGAGCGGCGAGAUCCUACGCAUGGAGACGACCGUCGGCCAGCUGCUCAGCCACCUCGCGGCGGUCCACAAGAAAGUCGGCGAGGUCCACGCCAAGUUUAUCGUCUCGCGCGAGCAGCUCACAGCGUCCCAAGACGCGCUCCAGAAGGUCUCGUCGACGAAAGGCAAGCUCGAGCAGCUCUGCCGCGAACUCCAGAAGCAGAACAAGACGAUCAUUUCCGAGUCGCGCAAGAUGGCCGAGGACGAAGACGCCAAGCGCAAGCAGCUCUCGGCACACGUCAAAAUGGAGCAGCAGGGCAAAGACUACGUCGCGUCGCUCCACGAGAACGAGGCGUUGCAGACCAAGCUCAAGACGUUCCUCGCACAGUACGAAGUCCGCGAGGAGCACUUUGCGCACCAGCUCCAGGCCAAAGACCUCACGGUACAGCUUGCCGAAGCCAAGCUCAAGCACCAAGUCGAGCUCACCAACCGCGAAGCCGAAAAGGUGCAAUUGACGCUCGAGAAGGCGCAGCAAAUCGCAGCCCGCGAGGCCGCGCUCCAGGAACAACUGGGCGCGUACUCGGAAAAGUUUGACACUGUCCAAGAUACGCUCUCGAAGAGCAACACGAUGUUUGUGACCUUGCGCUCGGAGAUGGACAAGAUGUCCAAGCACAUCAAGCGCCUCGAGAAGGAGAACGGGACGCUCAAGAAGAAGUGCGACGAGUACGACUCGGGGGCGAUCGAGGCCCUCCAAGAGCGCGUCCAGACGGCCGAGGACGCCAAGCGCCAAGCCGACAAAAUCCAGAAGCUCGAAGGACUCUGCCGCAUGCUCCAAGACGAACGCAAGCGUCUCAAGGAAGCGGCGUCGCUGGACACGGCCGUCGGGUCCUAA